AUGCAGGCGUUGCUUAGCCGCAUCGUGGUGGCACCCACGGAGCCCGAGGCUAACGCCACAACCCCCGUCCAAACAGCAUUAUCACCCGACGUAAAGGCGGAAAUCGCAUUGGCCGUGGAGCGCCUGCAAUUCGCGACGCUGCUGGGCGAGCGUAAGAAAGCAGUGAGUGCUCUUCAGUCAUUGGCCCAGAAUUUUGACGCUAGUCGGAGCCCAGGCGGUCGUAAACGCAGCGGUGUCGAACCUACAGUUGAAGAGCACGAACUCGGCCAUGCCGCUGUGCCCGGCGUGCUAGCGGCAUUAGUUUUCUGCAGUCCAUAG